AAGUGGCAUUCUUUAGAGAGAGAGAGAGAGAGAAAAUGGCAUUGCCCCCACAAAAGAUAAACAGAAGACCACCGCGAGAGUCCUCUGAAAUUCAAUAAAAUAUUUCCGAAGCCCCCGAUCUCUGCCCCGCUGGUCCUCUGCCCCCGCGUCGUCUCCCUGCAUCUCCGCCCACCACCACCACCACUCGUUAGCGCCAUCUCCGCUGCCUCCACCGUCGUCUGGACACCAGCACCGCCACACACAGCCGCCUGAGACGCCCCUCCCGUUCGUACAGAUUGAUCCGCCCCACCCACUGGCGACGCCUUCUACCGCCACUCGACCUGCGACGCCGCAAGAAACACGUGACGGAAUAUAGGUUACACAUGAAAAUUUUUUGGCAAGUUCUCCAGUGACCCAGUCUUCACAUCCCACUACCACCACGAUUCCGGCUUCCACUUACGGCCACAUAUGGCCCAGUCAUAGCUAUGUCUUCCACAAUUCUGACCCAACGUGCACUACGCUUCCACCCACCCAGCAGUCUCACACUCUUCUCUAGUCUUACCAUCAUCUACAGUAUUAUAUUGAUUGCAUAAACAAGGCCCGACACAAAAAUGCGGGGAUAUGAUAGAGAUGAAUUGCAUGGAGAACUUGAAGAUUAUGAUGAGUAUGAGGAGGAAGGGGAAGAGCUAGAGGAAGAUCCUGGAGAAGGGGAGGAGGAGGGAUAUGAAGAGGAAGAUCCGAAGCCUACCAGAGAGGAAUUAGAGUAUCUAGAGUUGAGGCAAAAAUUGAAAGAGCAAAUCAGAAAGCAGAUGAAAAAGGAUAAUGGUUCUUCAAAAAAUGGUUCGAAUGAGACGAAGAAGAAACUUCCAUACGAUAAUUACGGAUCCUUCUUUGGCAAUUCUCAACCAGUAAUUGCCCAAAGAGUAAUACAAGAAAGCAAGUCAUUGUUAGAAACCAACCAUUUGGCAUCCAGACUUUCGAACUCCCUCCAUGGCAACAAAAAGGACACUUCAACGUCUAAAGGGCCAAAACUUGGAUUGCGUCACCAGCUACCGAAAGUCAAAACUGAGUUAAAGACUAAAGUUGAAAAACUCAAGGAUACAAGAGAUUAUUCAUUUCUUUUAUCCGACGAUGCAGAGCUUCCUGCUUCUUCUAAAGAACCUCCACCUAGAAAUGUCUCCUUUCCAAAUCAUGGUCAUGGUGAGGCGCGAGCAGCUCAUGUGCCAAUGAAGAAGAGUAAAGAACCUUCAGGCAGCAGUGGCAGACAUGAAGAAAGGAAAACUGUUUCUAUGAAUGGUCAGUUCUAUUCUAAAGCAGGGUCCAAGUUGAAUUCUGCUACUAAGACAGCAGAUUCUAGAAAACAACUUGGUAGCAACUUUGGGAAUGGGCCAGGCCGGCCUGUGGGGCCAAAAGGUUUGCCUUUGAAGAACCCUGUUGCUACCACGGACAAGAAGCUUGCCAUGGAGAAGAAGGUUUCUGCACCAGCUGCAAAAAAUUCUUUGCCUGGUGUGCAGAGAUCAUCUUCACAAGUGCACUCAUCUGCUCCAAAGCAGCCCCUAGAACAAAAAAGGAGACAACAAGAGUCUAAUAAAUCUAAAAUGGUGCCAAAACAGCCAUUGACAUCGUCAAAACCAAAGAUAAACAAGCCACAAAAGCAAAUUUCAUCAUAUCAGACUUCCAGGGACCAUCGACCCUUGAAAAAGCCAAGGCCUGUGAGUCGGCAUUAUGAUGAUGACGAUGAUGGUGUAAAAGCCAUCAGUAUGAUCAGACAAAUGUUCAGGUACAAUCCCAACAGAUACGAUGAUGAUGGUGAUGAUAGUGAUAUGGAGGCAAACUAUGCCGAUAUAAUGAGGGAGGAGAAUAGAAGUGCAAAAAUUGCAAGGAAGGAGGAUGAAGAGCAACUUAGAUUGAUAGAGGAAGAAGAAGAAAGAGAGCGGCUGGCACGGUUGAGAAAGUUAAAAAAGCGUAAGCUGGGCCAGGAUUGACCAAAGGAACGUCUUUGAGGACAUUUGUCUGCUUAAUUAAGUUCAUAUUCAAUUUGUAUCACCAUUUUGUUAUAAUACAUAUAUUUAAUUUUGUGCCAAAGUUGCUUAAUAAUAGUUACCGAUAAUUUUGGCAACAUGUUUUACUAUAGUUGUCAUGACAAGGGUUGUCUAAUGAAAUGAUUGUUAAUGUCGUAGUUA